CUUGAAGCUUCACAAUCUCCAUCAACGGUUCAGUGCAACUUUAACAGACAGAGACGGUGACAUCAUCAUGCUGGUUUUCCUCUUCCUGUUGGGCCUGGCUCUGGGUGCUGUGUCUUCUUCAGAUGAGCGUCCAAUGGAGCUUGUGCGUGGCAGCUGUCCCUCAUUCUGGUUCUCCUUCUACGGCCGCUGCUACAAGUACAUCGCCACAAAGAUGACCUGGGCUGAUGCAGAGUUCCACUGUCUGUCCCAGGGAGGCAACCUGGUGUCUAUCCACAGUGGAGGGGAAGAGGAUUUUGUCAAACUCCUGAUCAAAAACGUUGACCUUGCUCAGGGACCAACAUGGAUCGGACUCAGUGACAUCCACAAAGAAGGAAGAUGGAUGUGGUCUGAUGGGUGUGUAGCCAAGUUUUUCUUUUGGAAUAAAGGGGAACCAAACAACCAUAGAGGUGAAGACUGUGUACACAACAACUGGUCAGGGAGGUGGAAUGAUAGGAAGUGUUCAUCAACUUUUCCCUCAGUUUGUGCAUCUCGCACAACUUGUCCUUAGCAACUGAGAUGUUACGUGUUCACCUGUUUUGUUAACAUGCCUUUGACAACAAUAAAGACACAGAUGUACACUUGUAUAUGUGUGUGAACAGAA